GAAACGUAUUGAACUUUGCGCAUCUUUCCGCGAGGUGGGCUUCGGCUUGUAGAUGGCAAUGACGUUUAAUGACUCAAAUUGGCUGAUAAAAGCGUUCUGAAGAUACACGGCAGUAUCGUGCAACAAACAGACUUGAUGUGUGUCUUGUGAAGUGAGCUCGGCAGACGAUGACGAUCAAGGACUUCCUGUCCAACAUGUCUAUAGCGGACUACUUGUCGACGUCCAGUCUGAACGGAUGUCUGAGUCGGUGUCGCCAGUCGCGCAAGCUGGUCCUCAUCAUCGUGUUCAUUGCCUUGUUCCUGGACAACAUGCUCCUUACCACUGUUGUUCCAGUUGUUCCAAACUUUCUGAGACGACUAGCAAACGCCAGAAAAGCGGCCUUAUUAAAUUCUGUGUCGAAAACAAAUUACACGUGUGUUACAAGACCUUCGUUUGAAACGUUCAACACAAGCCAGGACACACAAGGAUACUCAUGGGAAGGGAUGUCAAAUGUACCCCGUCAUUACGUCAUGUCUACGUCACUUCCGCUGUGUGUUAAUUUCACUGGAAAUAUGUCAGAUUUAUCAAACAAAACAGACACUGAAACUGACCACGAGCGAUUUGGAGAUGAAAAUAUACAAGUUGGACUCAUGUUUGCUUCAAAAGCGAUAAUGCAGUUAUUAGCUAAUCCGUUCAUAGGUCCAAUAACAAAUAGAAUAGGUUAUAGCAUACCCAUGUUCACGGGAUUUAUAAUCAUGAUGCUAUCAACUGUGGUAUUUGCCUUUGGUGAGAGUUAUGCGGUACUAUUUGUUGCUCGCACGAUUCAAGGCAUCGGAUCGUCCUGUUCCAGCGUUGCGGGAAUGGGAAUGCUUGCAGAUCGGUACCCGGAUGAUAAAGAGCGUGGUAAUGCUAUGGGGAUAGCGCUUGGUGGUCUUGCCAUGGGAGUGUUAAUUGGUCCGCCGUUUGGAGGAAUAAUGUUCGAGUUUGCCGGUGGUAAAGAAGCGCCCUUCUUAAUUUUAGCUUGUCUGGCUUUCUUGGAUGGACUGUUACAGUUGUUCGCGCUGCAGCCGUCCAUCAAGCCGGAGUCUCAAGAGGGAACGCAGCUCAAGAAGUUGCUCUCUGAUCCCUAUAUCCUAUUGGCUGCUGGAUCGAUCACGUUCGCCAACAUGGGGAUCGCCAUGAUGGAGCCGUCGCUGCCAAUCUGGAUGUACGAAACGAUGCAUGCCGUGGAGUGGCAGCAGGGUGUGGCUUUCCUUCCUGCUAGCGUUUCCUACUUGAUUGGCACAAACAUAUUUGGUCCUCUAGCACACAAGAUGGGCAGAUGGCUGAGUGCUAUGAUUGGGAUGUUUUUGAUUGGAAUUUCUUUAUUUUUUAUACCAUUUUCAAAAAAUAUUGGUCAUCUUGUUGCUCCAAAUUUUGGUUUGGGGUUUGCAAUAGGAAUGGUGGACUCCUCCAUGAUGCCACACAUGGGCUACCUGGUCGAUCUGCGUCACGUGUCUGUCUAUGGCAGUGUGUAUGCCAUUGCCGAUGUCGCGUUUUGCUUGGGAUAUGCUAUUGGUCCCGCCAUCAGUGGGUCAAUAGUGAAGACGAUAGGUUUCAGCUGGUUACUGUGGAUUAUUGCAAUCGUGAACAUGGUAUAUGCACCCUUCAUGUACUUCUUGCGAAACCCCACAGCAAAGGAAGAGAAGAUGUCCCUUAUUAUGAAUGAACAGUGUCCAGUGCAGUAUGUGACGUACAACCAGACCGGAUAUAGUGAACCCAAUUCAGACGACGAAGAAGGGCUUUUUGAAGACAAUUACAACUCGCUGAAACCGCCAAAGCAUUGAAGACAAGCACACCAGAGCAGAAACUAGGUCAUAUAAAACGCAACAGGACACUGGGAGAUCUUUCCACAAGAUGAUUAUUAUAAUGUGAAAAAUAAAGCAUCUUUCCACAAGAUAAUUAUUAUAAUGUGGAAAAUAAAACAUCUUUUCAAAAGAUAAUUAUUAUAAUGUGGAAAAUAAAACAUCUUUUUCACAAGAUAUAAUUAAUGUGGAAAAUAAAACAUCUUUCUGCAUGACAAUUAGUAUAAUGUGGAUAAUAAGACAUCUUUUCACAAGAUAUAAUGUGGAAAAUAAAACAUCUUUUCAAAAGAUAAUUAUUAUAAUGUGGAAAAUAAAACAUCUUUUCACAAGAUAUAAUGUGGAAAAGUAAAACAGUCAUGAAAAGAACGAGUGAAUGAAUAUGUGAUGACAUAAAUAUCGGAAUUUCUACGUGAAAGGCGAAAAGCACGAAACGUGUACUUCACAGACAGCAGGGUUGAAUAUAGUACGUAACUUGGCGUGUAACAUUAUAAAGAUAGACAUUAUGGAUAUGGAGUAGUUCAUGUUUGCCCGUCUUCUAGCCUGUUUAAACACUACGGUGGUUUUAAGGCGGGAUCAAGCAAUUGUCUGACAUUCUAAAUACUAGUAGAUGUCGUCUGCUUGAAGCGCGAUGUAGUAAAGGCGAAGUCACACGAUUCGAGUGCCUUGUACGAUAAUAGCCGAUUGUGACAAGACAAACAUUACGAUUUUAUUGGAUACGAUGCAUUCGGUUAUUCUAGUACGAGACACUCGUAUCGUAUGACGUCAUCUUACGGGAUAAAACGCUCGCCUGGGAGGCAGUAGCUUAUAGGAUCGUUUACCCUCGGUGGACCCGCUUGGCAUCUCCCCCCCCCCCCCCCCCAUUUGUCAUGUGACUAGUGUAUUAAAGAACAUGGUAUGCGCUGCCCUGUCUGUGAGGCAGUGCAUAUAAAAUAGUAUAGCAGGUUUCCUAUCUCACUGUUAAAAUAUUCAUUUGUUAUUUAACACAUAUUUGUGCGGUAUAGAUUUAAAGACAUACGAUUGGCUACUCCUAGACGUUGACCCGGUCGCCACAAUCGUACCAUCCAAUGAAAAAUGAAAAAAUGACGACCAAAAUGCAAAUCUGCUUUUGUGACGUAUGUUAACCUUGGUGAUUACUCUGUGACUCGCAAGUUAACUGGAAGUGCAAUGGUCCUAAGUAGAUUUUAGUUGAAAAACGCGGUCAACUGAAAACGAUUUAGACCGAAAAAAUGUGAUAUAUUGUUUUGUGUAUUUCAACUUUAAGCCAAGGAUUCCUGGGUAAACCUCUAUUGACGCCCAGUAACAGCACAUUACACCUUUGAUGUUGUGGAAUUAAUGAUGCAAAUAUUUAUUUGAGGGGUCGAUUAAUGUAAAACAGUUAAAUAUGGCUUUAGUAUAGGGCCGUACCCUAAUAAAAAUCCUAGGGGGGAGACACUACUUUUUAUAAACAAAUGAAACACUAUACAAAUGAAACCCUGAUUUGUAUAUGCUAUUUUCUAGAGUGAAAAAAAAAGGUGAGAUUUUCAAUAUCCCCCCCCCCCCCCACCCCCCGCCCCCAAGAGGGUACGGCCCUGUAGUAUAGGCCGUUAUAAUGGACCUGUCAACAAUGUUUUGACAUAAUGAUUGACCGUUUAAAAUAGUAGACUGUUAUUAUAUGUGUUUCGACAUUCUAACUUGUUUAAACAUCAGUUGUGUGGUCGGAAUUUAGAAUUUGAUGUGAUGAAUGACAUUUUUUUAAUCAUUGUUAAUAUAAUGAUUGUGUUGGCCUUGUAACCUGUUUAAAUAAAGUGUUUGUUGGCGGGCCAGGGUCUAGACUGUGAUAUGACUGUGGAUUGUAUCUAUAUAUAACCUGUUGUUGCAGUAUAAUUCAAAGACCACUGCUUGAUCAGUGUGACGGAAUUUUGAACUGACGUAUAUGUGAUCUAUACAGUCCCUGCAAUUAAAACAAAAUUGCCGUGGUAAAAAGAAAUCGAAUAUAGUCCACAGCAAAAAAAUAAAAAAAAUAAAAAAAAUAAUUAAAAACUCUACGGCAAUUUCCACGAUAUUGCCAAUUGCCGUUGGCAGUUGUAUGGGUUAGUGUAUGUAUUAUCAAACUGUAGUACUCGAUUGUGAAUACAUGUAUGUGUACAUUAACAGUAUAGUAUUAUACUGCCUGGUGGAACAAAUAGAUGCGAGUAUUGCAGUGAUUUGCAUGCAUACUUAGCAGGACGAAAAGAUACAUGUUAAAAUGUUAUUUUAGUGCUUAUAUAAAAUCAUUAAUUGAAUUAUAAACAUAGAAUGGUUGUACAGUUUGGCACUAAAUGUAAUUAAUUAUAUUCGUUAAUGUGUGUAAAUGCUAGUAUCUAGUAUGCGGCAUAUUUCAUGUAAGUUAUUAGCAGUGUUUUUUGCUGUGAGAAAAAUUAAAAGGUUGUUUCAGUGUAUGAGUUUACAAUGACAUUUAUUUCCACGAAUGAAGUAUGAUGUAAAAAUUAACAAACGCGUUUCCAUUCACAUGAUAUUGUCGACCUCGGCCGCUAAUAAGACUGGCCUACCCCACAGCACUAUAUAACGAAGCUUUGUUAUAGGCUAUGCCCCAUAAUGCCAGAAGAGUUAACCGAAUAAAAAUUUGUUUUGUUUAACGACACCACUAGAGCAUAUUGAUUAAUUAAUCAUUGGCUAUUGGAUGUUAAUUACUUGAUACUUUUGACACACUGUCUUGGAGGAAACCAGCUACAUUUGUCCCAUUACAAGCAAGAGAUCUUUUAUAUGAACUUUCCCACAGAUAGGACAGCACAUACCACGGCCUUUGAUAUACCAGUUGCGGGGCACUGGUGGAACGGGAAAACCCUAUCAGAUAAUGGGUCCACCGAAGUGGUUCGAUCCUUUAACCCAUGCACCAAAGGCGAAGAGAGGGGUGACAAAAUUAUUAUUUUAUGGGGGCGUACGGUUUACACGAAUUCAUCUUUUAAAUGCAAAUGGUGCCAUAUUCUUUGAUGUGAUACUGUGAUUGGUGGAUGGAGGGGUUUUCGUUUUCAUGUGGUUAUUUUUAAAGCAGUUUGUAAAAAUGAUGACGAAAUUGUGGAAUAACCCUUGGGAUUUAAAUAUAUUAAUCAAUGCUGGCACCUUUGUUUAUUAAGCGAUUAAUAUAUUCUGUUAACCAAAUCGACAUUUUUUUAAUCUUAUCAAUUUGAAACAAGUAAAAAAGUAUACGGUAGUACACGUGAUGUCUUGUAGAAUAACUGAAGUAGUUUGUAGUUAAUUUACUGCACUGUAUGUGAAGAAAAUUGUGCAGACGGGGUCUAGACUAUGGCGAGCGACAUUUUAAGGGUGGGGGUCGGGUCAUGCCCUCUCCAAAGAAAAUACAUUAAAAACAAUUCGCUUGGAGCAGGGACGGGUUUCGAUCCCCAAACCUCACUCAUGCACACGCGUUUGCACUACGAAUAUUUAACAUAACGUCAGCUUAAAACUAGAUGAUACACAUGUCUGCUGUAGACGCAUAAUGUAUAAUAUUUAUAAUAUUUAGCAAAUGUAAUUGUGAUGUUUUUUAAAAAUUGUUUGUUGAGAGAAACGUUAGAGAGAGAGAGAGAGAGAGAGAGAGAGAGAGAGAGAGAGAGAGAGAGAGAGAGAGAGAGAGAGAGAGAGAGAGAGAGCACAUUCAUUACGCAUUGGGACUACACAAAUUUCGUCCAAACUAUCUGUAUAUCGUUAUUCAUAUAGACGAAAGUGAUUGUUUUGUGCUAUUCCAAAACAUAAAUAAAUUAGAAGGGGGUAUCAUUUUUUAAAUAGCUCUUGUCUUGCAAAUAGUUUAGCUGCUGUUUGUUGAAAUUAUCAUCGCUGCCACGGUGUCCAGUCUCGAUUAAGGUGCCUGCACCGUAAACAACUGUUUAUAAACAUGUAUAGCAAAAUAUCUAGAACUGUGCUGUGUAUCGUUAUUGAAAACAUCAUAUCAUGUUCAUGUACAUAGAGAUAUCGUGUUAGGUAAAAAGGGUUAGUUCACGCGGCGACGCUGUUAGAAGUGUUACCCACUGGUUGUUAUGUGCAAGAUGAUCAUGUUUAUGACAGUCAUAAAAAAAAUAAACAAUAUAUAGCAUUA